CUCAUAUCUGCACUGAUGUUCUUACAAUGCUCAAUAUCUCUCCUGGCAGUGUUGGAUCACAGUAUUACAGCACCUUCAGGUGGUAUUGAAGCCCAUAAAAGUUUAUUGGUUGAUAAAAAAGACAUCAUAAUGAGCAAGUCUAAGAGUCAUCAGGAUAGCAGAAGACAUGAUAUGAGAUUGGAUAGACUAUCACAGCAUGAUAAGGAAAAGCUUAUUGCAAACUUAGUCAAAAUACAGAAUGAUGGAACUGUGGAGGUGGAUUUAUCUAGAAAUUCGUCUGUAACUUCUGAGCUUUUGGAGCUUCAUUCUGUUGAAAGUGCUUCUCUUCCUGCUGAUGAAAUUGUUCCUAAUCACAAUAAAUCUGUACCAAGAUUGCAAAUUGCCUUUCUUGUUGUUGGGACAAGAGGAGAUGUUCAACCUUUUCUAGCUAUGGCAAAGAGACUUCAGGAAUUUGGUCAUCGUGUUCGAUUGGCUACGCAUGCCAACUUUAGAGAUUUUGUCAAAUCUGCUGGUGUUGAAUUCUAUCCCUUAGGUGGUGAUCCUCGAGUUCUGGCAGGAUAUAUGGCAAGAAAUAAGGGGCUUAUUCCCUCUGCCCCAGGAGAAAUUUCAAUUCAACGGAAGCAAUUGAAGGCUAUUAUAGAAUCACUUCUUCCUGCAUGUACAGAACCAGAUACAGAGACUAGCAUGCCUUUUAGAGCUCAAGCAAUCAUUGCUAAUCCUCCUGCUUAUGGGCAUGUGCAUGCUGCAGAAGCUCUUGGUGUACCUCUACACAUAUUCUUCACAAUGCCAUGGACGCCAACGUAUGAGUUCCCACAUCCACUGGCUCGUGUACCACAAAGCUAUGGUAACUGGUUGUCAUACAUAAUUGUUGACUUGCUGAUAUGGUGGGGCAUAAGGAGCUAUAUCAAUGACUUCAGGAAAAGGAAGCUGAAACUUCCUCCUAUUGCAUACUUUAGCAUGUACCAUGGAUCUAUAUCUCAUUUGCCUACAGGAUACAUGUGGAGUCCUCAUGUUGUUCCAAAACCAAAAGAUUGGGGUCCCUUGGUUGAUGUUGUUGGUUAUUGUUUCUUAAAUCUUGGUUCUAAGUAUCAACCAAAGGGAGCAUUUGUUGAGUGGAUAAAGAAAGGGCAGAGACCCAUCUAUAUUGGAUUUGGGAGUAUGCCUCUUGAAGAUCCCAGCAAAACGACCAGUAUCAUAUUGGAAGCAUUAAAAGAUACUGGACAACGUGGAAUACUCGAUCGUGGCUGGGGAGACCUUGGUAUUUUUUCAGAAAUUCCGGAUCAUAUCUUCCUUCUCGAGAACUGCCCUCAUGAUUGGCUUUUUCCUCAAUGUUCUGCCGUGGUUCAUCAUGGUGGUGCUGGAACGACAGCCACUGGACUAAGAGCUGGUUGCCCAACAACUGUAGUACCAUUUUUUGGCGAUCAGUUCUUUUGGGGUGAUAGAAUUCAUCAGAAAGGUCUGGGACCUGAACCAAUUCCUAUUGCUCAGCUCAGCAUCGACGCUCUGUCAAGUGCUAUACGAUUUAUGCUCCAACCUGAGGUCAAAACACGGGUGAUGGAGCUUGCUAAGCUGAUAGAGAAUGAAGAUGGUGUUGCUGCUGCAGUUGAUGCAUUUCAUCGGCAUUUACCUCAUGAAAUGCCUGUACCUCCAGCAGCAGCAGAACCAGCAGAAGAUGAAUAUUUGAACCCAAUUCAGUGGUUGUUUUUGCAGAUCGGAAACUUUUGUUGCCGUGUUUGUUCAUAGGUUUUCUGCUGGUGCUAGAGGUUUUGUACAGUUACAUAGAUUUUCAUCCUGCUCAUGUGCAAUUUAUUCGCGUCUUGAUUUAAUUUACGGAAUGGCUUAGCUUGAGAAGAAAACUAGUUGCUGAAACUUUUUUUUUUUUGGGUGGCGGGGGUUGAUUAUGUAUACAUAUUGUUUUUGGUGCUUGACCUCUCUUUCACCAGGGAAAUAAAUGAUUCAUGUAAUCAAAUUCUGUUUCAUAUAAAUUUUGAUUUCUAUUUUAGCAUAAAUUAAAGGUUGUUUGAAGACCAA